AUGGAAAACUACAGCAAGGGGAACGACUCAGACUUGAUCCAGAUGUCUGACACACAAUUUGUGGACCUCAUUUAUCCCCCGGUGCUUAUCAUCAUUGGAGUCAUAUUCAACAUUCUUAUUAUUGUUGUCAUGCGUACUCGAUUCUUCCAUGAGCAGUCUACUUCCGUCUUCAUGACAAUGGGAGCAACCAAUGACACACUGAGCCUCAUGGUUUCCAUGCUUUCCCAUUGGCUGUAUGUGGCAUUUCCGGAAGUCUACAGCAAGGAGAAGGCCGGGUGGAUUUGUAAAUUUUUAGACUUUUAUGGCUGGGGAAAUUGUGAUUUAGGUAUUUUGAUUACUACAUCUAUGACAAUUGAUCGAGCGUUCGCGAUCAGUUUUCCCCUUCGAAUGACAAGUGGAGACAAUGUGAAACGCGCCAAAAUAACAAUUGGUAUCGUGACGUUGAUAGUAGUAGCAAAAGAGUUCCAUUUUCUUAUUGGUUCUGAUAUGGUUUAUCGGAACCAAACUGAGCGUCUCUGCAACGUGUUUACAACGACAGCGUCUUACAAGUUUUUCUGGGAAGACGUUUGGCCUUGGCUUCAUUUCUCCUUCCUUUUAGUUUGCUUUGUUAUCAUGACUAUAAGUAAUGGUAUACUUACAUACUUUGUCUGGAAAUCAUCCAACGAUUUGGACACAAGAGGUACGAAAGUUGUUAAAAGAACAAGUGUCCCAAUUAUGUCGCAUCAAAAGGUAGAUCAAAAAUGGCGAACAAUAACUCCGAUGUUAAUAGGAGAGUCAUGCGCAUUGCUCUUUUUGACAUUCCCUUUUACAGUUCAGUCAUUCUUUUCAGAGUAUCAUCCUACAUUUUAUCAAAAAAUUGAACCAAAACUGUUAUUUUCUGUCACAUUUUACAUGUUGUAUACCAACAAGUGUAUAACAUUCAUAAUAUACAUAGUGACAGGGUCAAGAUUCAGACAAGCGUUGAAAGAAUGUAUCAUAAUCUGUUUCAAAGGAAGAGGUGCUGUUCGAAGGAUAAGGUUUCGGGAACACUUUGUUGGUAAUGUCAAUAUUAUCCGGUCUGUAUCCGAGGGAAAGGAUUCAUCUGUUUCGAAUAAAUCAUCUACUCAAAGUAAAAAUGCCGAUUUUUACAACAAUGAUUAUACCGUUAUAGAGACGCACUUUUAG